CCCAGGACCCUGUCUGCCCCUGCGUGUCUCUGCUGCUGCCAGAUUCUGCGCCCAGCCCUUGCGCCUCCCGUCCUCUCCCGGAAAGAAAUCCAUCCCGGGAAAUUACAGAGAAACGUGCGGCCGACAUCCAGAAAACAGGAUUGAAAAAGAUGACUUUUUACAAUGCCUACACCGGGAGGAUAUUAUUCUACAAAUAAGGGCCCAGCGUGACAUUUAUGAGAAAGCCAGGGUCCUCCUGCACAAAACUGAUUGGUUCUCAGCCAAUGGGAUCCGGGGCGUUGCAAAUAAAGGCACCUUCUUCACUGGGCCCGAUCAGAUGCAGAGCAGAGUAUUUCCUUUGCCUUUGGAACUUCAGGAAAUGCUCAACUCCUAUCUGGGCAGCACACAUCUGUGGCCAACAAAGAGAAAUCAGGCUUUGAAAAUGAAACACCUUCUUUCUCAAUUCCCUUCCAUCUUGGCCAUCUAUUGCUUCUGCAUGCUACAGAUUCCCUCCUCAGGAUUUCCUCAACUGCUAGCUGAUCCCCCAGAUGGCUUGGAUAUCAUGCAGCUUGAGCGGCUGGCAUAUUGGGCAACUCUUUCUAGGCAACCUAAGGAUAAUCAAGACAUAUGCAAAAGGUUUUUAUUUCACUACUCCAGAACUCAGGAGCCAACACAUCCAGUUAAAAGCGGGUUUCCCCCCGUGCACCCGUUAAUGCGCCUGGCCGCGCAGCUCGCCAACCGAAGGAUGAAAAGAUUUCCGCAGCAGCGCGAUUCGGGGACUGAUGCAGUAGAUUUCGCCAAGAAGGAUCACACUGCCACCUUGGGACGACCAUUUUUUCUUUUCAGGCCAAGGAAUGGAAGAAACACUGAAGCUAACACUCGGUAGGAUAGUCCAAGAAUUCAGUGGCAAAGAGAAACUGGAUCAGAUAAGGAAAUCAAGCAAUUAUUUUGAACGAAUGUCAAAUUUCUGUGAACAAUACUUAAAGAUAAUUCUCUUGCUCUAUAUUUGCCAGAAUAUUCACUGGUGUAAAAAAUAAAGUAGCAUGGACACAA